GCCAGAGUCAACUGUCUCUGCCUGAUCUUUACUGGAACCACCCAUACAGAUACAGCUAAGGCAGUCUCAGACCGCCUCCAGACAAGGCGAGUGAGCAAGACUUCAAUAUCCCCAGGUCAUAUCUUCUUCUCCCUUGCUCAUCAGCAUAAUCAUUCGCUUUCUGUCGAGUUGUUCGUGGCGCCGGCCGCACUCACCUCUUCUUCACCUAUUUAGUUCUCAUCCGCCUGGGGUUACUCAACGAUCUGCUAUGCUAGUCAUUUCGAGGAACUAGAUAUCUAUUCCGGAUAUCUCACACCGUGCUCCCACACACACCGCAAAGUGCCCAUCUGUGCGCACUCGUACGAGGCAAACGACCCCACGACACCGACAAAGUUGCUUUGAGCAACUGGCAGAUACACAAUGCCGCCAGCCGCACCAUCUUUACCUGUCCGAUUCCCUUGUUGGUGUCGGGCCGUGUACUCAUGGGGUGGAGAGUCCAAACGUGAUCUUGGCUUCGUCGAAGGGGACUUGAUUGAAUGCCUGAAUGCCGGCGACGGUUCAUGGUGGGUUGGACGACUCUUCCGAGAUCGCAGAUCAGUCGGCUCGUUUCCGUCCAACUUUGUGGAAGUCCUGCCAGCCAACUUUCGCCCAACGACCAAGUCCAUCAGCCCUCUGCCAGAUAGCAACACGCCCAGCCCAAAGAACACGCCGCAAAAGUCGAAAACGUUCCGCAAGCCCUUUGAGGCCUACUCUAAAGCGCCUCAUUACACCACAGCCAAGCAGCCGGAGGUGUUCAAAGAGGUUGUGAAGCCGCGUCAGCGAGGAGACUCAAGUGCAUCUUUUGCGAACAGUGCCCGACCGAAUACACCAUUGAACAGAGCCAUAUCGCCCGCGCCCGCACCAUCUCCCGCACAGCAGUAUGCCUCGAGAGCCCCGUCUCCAGCGCCAUCAUCAUUCCCGCAUCACGCCCGCAUGCCCUCGCCGGCACCACCACCUUCGCGCGAGUAUGCCAGAGUCGCCUCGCCAGCACCGCCGAUGCAUCAUUAUGCCCGUGCGCCAUCACCAGCGCCACCUGCACAUGAUUAUUCAAGGGUUGCUUCGCCAGCACCGCCAAUGCACCACUAUGCGCGAGGGCCGUCGCCAGCACCGCCUGCGCACGACUAUUCGAGAGUAGCCUCGCCGGCUCCGCCGAUGCAUUACCAUGGGCGAGGGCCAUCCCCAGCCCCGAGGCAGGAGUAUCUGCCGCGUGCUAUCUCGCCAGCGCCAGCGGCUCAUGACUACAUGAGGGCCGCGUCUCCUGCGCCGCCUCCACCUCAUCACGCCCUCUCCCGAGGACCAUCGCCUGCUCCUUCGUUUGGCAGACACAGCAGCUUUGACGUGCGUGAUGGCGGCGACUCUCCACCUCCCCCUCCGCCGCCUCAUCGGCACGCAGCCCAGAAACCCUCGGCGGAUUUCGAGGACACGCCGUAUGCGCUUUCGCGUCACGGGUCCAACGGAUCCUUUGCUCCUUACAAUCCGUAUGUCAGGUCCCGCCAUGGCUCCAACGCAUCCUACAAUCCGGACACUCCCCUCUCUCGCAACGGAUCAAGCGCCUCACAUCGCGAACACCAGGAAGAGCCCAAGACACCUGGACAUGAGCAGUAUCGUGCCGCUUCUCCUGCUGGAAGCCAUAUGACGCCAUCCCCUUUGCGAGAAGCUAUGGAUGGAGUCAUGGAACAACUGGACGAGCUCUCAGGGUAUAGUGGACACGAGGAGAAGGGUUCCCCGACAAAGGCUGUGGAUCUGUGGUCGCCUGAAUCAUUCGACAUGGGUUCGCGGCCAAGCCAAAGACGACAAAGGGAGCAGGUGAGACCGUUAACUUCGAUGGGUAUAGCAAACGUCGACGAAGGAUACGAGACAUGGAGUGGCGGUUCCUCUCAAGAGGCAUCUCUGAAUGGCGGCCAAAAGGAGAAGGCCGGUCUGCCCAAGCUCAACAACUACGUUGCGCGAAUGGAAAGUCAGUUCCAGAAGAUGCAUCAGCACAGUCUGAGUACACCAGCGGCCGCUGUGAGCGAUAUGCCUCCACCCCCACCGCCCAAGGGGCAGAUGUACGAAAGGCCCAAAUCGUCCAUGGGAAGCGCAAGGCACGGCGCGUCCUCAGACCGACAGCUGGGAUCCCGCAAGUCGGCUUACGACGUCGGGCGUGGCGUCGGCCGCACGUAUACGACCAAGACAAACACGACUGAGCAAAGCCACACCAGCUCAUCAACGCAAAGCAGUGACAGAACUCUGUGGAGCGGAGAGUCUGCAGGUGGCUUCAGUGCUACUAGUGCUGGCAGCCUUGCCCGCAACGCGCCCCGACCUCAGAGCGCCUUUGGGAUGCGUCACGCGGAACCUGAACGACCGGAAACGCCUUUCACAGGCGUCACCUACCACAGCAGCCACGCCUCCAAUUACCAGGCCAACAAGCAGUCCUCUUCGCAAGCCGUCUUCCAGGACGACACCACUGCUGGGCUUGGAGGGCUUGUGCAACCCAAGGCUCCGAGGCGCAACAUUUUCAAGAAGAUAUUUGAGUCUGCAAAGACAGGCGUAGCCAGUGGUAGGGCCGGCAUAUCAGGCACGACCAUGGGGUCGAUGGACUCUGCCAAGCCGUCGCCUCUCGCGCGAUCGCUGACUUCAGGAACGCCCUCGAUGCUCCACGCGGGCACUCUGCCGAGGGCGCGGGAUUCUGUACCCGAAACAGGUCCCGGCAGUGGGGUCGACUGGGUGCAGGUUCGGCGCGACGUCAAUCGUUCGAAUUCUUUGAGUCAGAACGAGCGCCUCGAGCGGCAUGAACGUUGCCAGAUGUUGGAUCAUCCCACAUUGAACCCCGUAGACGAGCUCUACCAGUGCGUGGAAGGCGACGAAGGUGCCGAUGGCAACGCAGUCGCAGACCCCGUCAACUACCACGCGAUCAAUCUGAGCCAAGUCGAUAAGAACUCGCGAUUCAUUGCUGGGUUGCCCCCGACAAUAACCGCCAUUACUCUGGCCACGACGUACAUUUGCCGUCCUUACAGAAGUGAUGUGCAGAGGCUACGUGCCAUCUUCACCUGGGUCUCGGAGAAGAUCUGUUGGGAGGAGGAUUUUGAGGGCGAAAUCGACACUCGCCAGGUGAUCCAAAGCAAGAGAGCAUGCGCCGAAGAGUAUGCAGUCUUGGUACAGGAGAUGUGCUCAGCCAUCGGGAUCGACUGUGAGAUCAUACGUGGCUACCUCAAGAUCCCUGGAGAGGUGCCUGACCUCAACAUGAUGCCUCGCUCGAACCACUGGUGGAACGCAGUCAUCGUUGACGGCGAAUGGCGGCUGGUUGAUUGCUGUUUGGCUAGCCCGUCCAACCCUCGACGCAGCCAUUACUCCAAUGCAGCCAACAACACCGCCGACUUUUGGUAUUUCCUCACACGACCUGUCGAGCUCUGCUGGACCCAUGUGCCGGAGCACCAUGACCAGCAGCAUAUUGUUCCUCCAGUGGCGCACGAGACACUCCUCAACCUCCCAUGUACAAAUCCGACCUUCUUCCGUCAAGGCAUCGAGAUGGUCGAUUACAGUACCAGCCUCAACAGAAUAGAGGAUCUGGAAAUGGUCCACAUAAAAUUCAACGUCCCGGCAGACGUUGAAAUCGCAGCAGAAGUCGAAGCUCGCGCUUACACGCGCGACACAGAUGGCGACGUCUUUGAGAGUGGUGACGUGGUCAAGAAAAGAGCCUUGGCGCAGGCCGAAUGGUUCAACGGUGUGAAAAAAUACACCGUCAAAGCCCUGCUGCCGGGGGAUGAGGGCCAGGGCACGCUCAAGAUAUACGCCGGUAAGCGUGGCCUGAUGCACAGCAUCAAGGACAUUCCUCACCCGCUGGCGUUCUCUUUGCCCAUCAUCCACACGGGAGAGAACCCGCCAUACGACUUUGUCACAAGGCAUCCCACGCCUCAUGCGCAGAGACAUGACAUUUACGUUGUUCAGCCGCAAUGCCAACGCCUGGCACUGAACAACACGUUUGUCUUUGCUAUUCGCCAACACCCUAGCUCUUUGUGCAAUGGGCCGCAUUCAUCGCUGACGCCAGCGUCCAACCCGGGGUGCGCUAGUCCCGUUCCUUUCGCGCGACCGUCCUCGGCCAUGAGCAUGAACGCAUCGACCAGCGGCACCAUGUCCAACCCAAGCUCAGCGAGCGGCACAGUGGCGGGCAAAAAGCCGGCGAAGCUGGCUAUCCAGACACCAGGUGGCAAGAUCCUUCGCCUCAUGCGAAAGGAAGACCGCAGGGGCAUCAGCGUUGGCAGCAAAGGCUUCAACAUGGAUGAGGAAGUGAGCGAUGGUGGUACUUGGGAGACCAUCAUCAAGUGCUCUGAAAAGGGGACAUGGCGAGGACUGGUCCUCGCAGAUCGAACAGCAAGGUGGUGUGUUUUCGCAGAAUGGACCUGUGUCGGCUGACCAGGUCACCGGAACGGAACCUGUUGGCGUUCCUUGCACAUGUUAAUGGCCAUGAUGAAGGAUACUAUCGCAUAUCGAGGCGUUUGGUUGAUUAUGGACAGGUUGGAGCAUCGCAAUGUGUAUAUACGUUUUUUUUUUCGUUGUUGGCAUCUGGCGCUUCAUGGCAGGAGAGAAUGAUAUUUCCUUUAAAAAAUUCAAAGAAAAUGCUUCAAAGUGUGUGGUCU